AUGGCUAAAAAGAGAGCUUCCAACGGUAGAAAUAAGAAAGGUAGAGGUCACGUUAAACCAGUCAGAUGUUUAAACUGUGCUAGAUGUGUUCCAAAAGAUAAAGCUAUUAAAAGAGUUACUAUCAGAAACAUGGUUGAAGCUGCUGCUGUCAGAGAUUUAUCUGAAGCUUCAGUCUACCAAGAAUAUGCUUUACCAAAAUUAUACAACAAAUUACACUACUGUGUUUCUUGUGCUAUUCACGCUAGAAUUGUCAGAGUUAGAUCAAGAACUGAUAGAAGAAUCAGAACUCCACCUCAAAGAAAAAGAUUCACCACUGACAAAAAAGUUAAUCCACAAGAUGCUGCUAAAAGAGUUUAA